AUGGGCCGGCCACGGCGGCAGUUUGCUUACAAGCGCCUGGAAGACCACGCAGUCCCCGGCCAGCUUUCUACCGUAGAUCCGUGCGCCGACUUGCGUGCGGCCGUGCGGUCAUGGGAGGAGAAAACCAAUACAAAGGUGGGCGACUUGCGCGCCCCCGAACUGACGCCGAAAGGGCAAUGGAUGACAACAGGAUGUUGUCAUAGAUGCACCGGCUGCCACGCAAGGGAUGGCCGUUUGUCUGCUGGCGACUGUGUCGGAGAUCCGAGGCCUCUCCGAGCUAGCGCCGAUGGCCGCUUUGCAGGCUACACAGCUGAGGAUCGAGAUGCGGUUCUGCGCGAAGCAGACGGUCUGGCAGCUCGGGGCUUGCCAGUGACGCCGGCGGCCGUCGCCAUGUGCUUGGCGCCGGAGAAGCGCAUGCAGCCGCAGCAUCUGAGUUCAAUUUUGCGCAAGCGCCGAUUGCAAGUGGGAGCUGCCACGAAAUACUUUUUGGAUUCGCAGCCUCAGUUCGAAGCUUGGGCUGCCGCACGGUCCGAUCCCAGCUCCAUAGUCCAUGUGGUUGACCAUUCCACGAGACCGCACUUCUCGUGGAAGAUGCUGGUUCCGAAGUUCUGGGAGGAGCUCGAGGCCCUUCUGCCCGAGACACUCCGGAACCCUGUGCCUCGAUUGGUUGGCAAAUAUUUUUCUUCUGAAGCCGUGAGUAAGAUCGCAACCAUUGCUGAUGUUCUUUACUGUUGUGCCCUUGUCAUGUCUCAGGCAUGGUGUGUCACGACUGACACAACGUACAAGUUGAACCACAUGAACAUUUCCGUCACCAUGAUUUGCGUCGUGGCGAAGAAGUCCGUGGCCGCUCUGUUUGUCCCUCCAGCCCGGCAGCGAGACGCAGCACAGCUACGCUGGGCUCGCUUCUGCGCUGGCCGACGAGGUCACAAUUGGAAAAAGUGCAGCUGCAGCGACAGCAGCCGCGCCGGCCCAGCCUCGAUCCACCGCCGGCGCGAGGACGUGCCGGAACGGGACGUGGCCGCGGCAGGAGACUCGAAGGCAGAAGGCGCCGCCACAUCUGUGCACAUUGCCGCUGCCGGUGUGGACAGCGAAGAGUGGUGCAGCUACUUCAAGGAGCAAUACCUGUUCAAGAAGAGAGUCAAUGAUGAAGAUCUCUGGGCCGCCAGCUGGCAUUCUGGCUCGAAGAUCAUGAGCGGGCAUCCUGCCUCCCAGCAGAGUGGCUCGGCCUUUCGUUGCAGUCGCACUACUUUCUCUUUUCUUUUUUCGUGCAUGUCCAAUGCGUGUUUCCGGCUAUGUGCAGGCAUCGAGAUGAUGUGGCGGAAGUUCAAGCGCUUCAUCAAGUCAACAGGUCCAUUGAAGACGCACAUGUCUCUAGCGGAUGCUUGCGAAAGGGCGAUGAGUAUUUUUUCCGCUCCGCUCUCUCCUGGCGAAGAGCGGACUGACCGCGCGAAGCAUUCGCUGCUUGCGCCUCCUGGACACAUCGCCUUGGAUGCACCAUCGGGCCCCGACGGCUGGAUGCUGAAUAGCACUGGCACGACAGUGAGGCGAACUGGCGGUCGCCAGUUCUGGAUCCCGUCGAUUCCAACGAUUCUUCACAAGGCUUCCUUAGCUGGUGGAGCAGCUGCUCCACGUGCGGUUCAUGGCGACCACACCUUCGUUUGCAUAACCAUCGGCAAGCCCACCAAGGUGCCAGUCGACGUGAUGAACAACAUGAUCACCCAGGUGAAAUGCAGGACCACCCAGGCUCAGCUCAUAGGUUUGCAAUUUCUUGCCAAGACAGAGUAA